AUGAAGAGUAUCUCGUUUGUGCUCGCGUGUUCGUUGGUGUUAGGCGUGCAGGCGAUCGGAAGAUACAGGGGAUUAGAGUUUUUGGAACCUUGCUCCAAAAGCGAUUACAACGUGGAGAGUUGCCUUGCUAGAUCGGCCAAUGUACUCACCGACCGCUUCCGUCACGGUUUGCCGCAAUUGGGAUACACAGAGGUGGAGCCCAUCAUCCUCGACGAGCUUCAUAUUGCCCUUGGCGAGGGACCAGAUGGAUAUAGAGCUCAGUUCAAGAACAUCACUGCAAGAGGCGUUUCCACGUUACGGGUGACAGGUUUGAGGGCCAGAUUAUCAGACGACGAGGUUCAAUUGCAAUUAGCUCUAAGCAUUCCGAAAAUCAGAGCUGCCGCUAAAUACAGGUCGAGUGGCACCUUGCUUUUGGUCAAGGCAAGCGGAGCUGGAGAUUAUUGGGGCGAAUACGAAGGUGUAAAAGCAAAAGUAUUUAUCAGAGCGAAGCCAUUCCUGGUUCAAGAUCGUCGUUACUUGAGGUUGCAACAACUUAAGAUGGAUUUCAGUGUGCAGAAUAUUAAGAUGGGUGUUGAAAAUGUUCGCGACAGCAACGCUAUAAUUUUGGCAGCAUUGAAUCUUUUCAUUAACACCAACAGCCAAGAAUUGUUGAAGGAGAUGAAACCGGAUCUAAGAAGGAAAUUAGUUCAAGUAAUGACGACAUUCGUGGAAAGGAUCUUUGCUCAGGUACCAUACGAUGCUUGGAUUCUAGAUUAUUAUACUACAAUGAGAAGAGAGAUGAACAAGAUCGCGCUAAUCGGAUCGAUCGUGGUCAUCACUUUUGCCACUGUUUUUGCGCGUGAUUUGCCCGAUUUCAUUCACGUUUGCAAGAAGAACGAUCCGAAUUUGAGCGAAUGCAUCACGGACAGCGUGAAUUAUCUUAAACCUUACUUAAAAAGCGGAUUACCCGAAUACAAUAUACCCGCCUUGGAACCAUUUUUGUUGAAGGAAUUGGUAACCACGAGUGGAGGAAACAUUAAAUUGAAGCUGAGAAACGUCAAUGUAUAUGGAGCAAGUAAUUUCACGAUAACGAAGUUGAAAAGCAACGUAGAAACUUUAAAUUUCAUAGUCGAUUUGGAUUUUUCAAAACUCAAUAUAAAAGGGGAAUACGAUGUGGAUGGACAAAUAAUUCUGCUACGAAUUCGUGGAAGCGGACCUAUAAUUGGCCAGUUCAACAAUUGCAAGGCAUUUGUGAAAUUGCAAAUGGAGGUGAUAAAGGGAAAGGAUGAUCAGAAUUACUUAAAACUGACCGAUCUUCAAACCAAGAUCUUCGUUGGAUCUGGCUCCUUGAAGUUGGAAAAUCUUUUCGGUGGUGAUCCAGUUCUUGGAGAUGCUAUCAACGUUGCCAUCAAUAGUAAUUUCGACUCUUUUAUCCAAGAAAUAAUACCUAUCAUCGAGAGCGCCAUCUCGAAUACAUUUACUGAUAUUUCGAACAGUAUUCUGAUGCAAUUUCCUUAUGAGAAACUUUUCCCAGGAUCAUAGAUAUUUUUAUAUAUUUUUAUAUAUUUUAGAUAACGUGGAUCAAAAUCUUGUUGAACGAUUGGAUUGUAUUAUUAAUAUCAUUAAUGAAAUUUGAUAAAAUAAUAAUUUUUUUUUCUAUGAUGAUAAAAGAAAUUUGAUAGAUAAAUGAACUGGCGAAAUCUUGAGAGUAAAUUUUAAAAAUUUUUAAGCCUUUUUUUUAUUUUUAUUAUGAAAUUAAUAUCGUAUCAAGUUUUCAAACAUGAUUAAUGAUGAUUUUUUAUGAAUUUGGAUUAAUGGAAAUAAUACUAUGAUUCCAAAAAUCAUUUUGUGAUUCUCUUAUGGUUCACAAUUGAGAUUUGGAAUAAUUAGGAAUUUGAUUGAUAUGUCUCAAGUAAUUUUGUAAAAUUUUGUAAAAUAAACAAAUUAUAAUUCAAUUAUUUCAUUAAUGUUAUUAAUUAGGUAGUAAUGUUUUGUUAACUGGUUAUUAUUUUCAUUAAAUAUAAAAUAUUUUUAACAAA